AUGGAACUAUUCGAACAAUUCGAGGAACAGGACGGCGUGCGGUUCAACUGGAACGUGUUCCCGUCGACGUCACGUGACGCCAAAGAUGUCGUGCUGCCCAUUUCGUGCGUGUACAACCCUCGACACAAGGCCCAGACGGUGCCGGUGGUGCAAGACACCAUUGCCAUCUGUGGCAACAAGGAUUGUGGUUCGAUCCUCAAUCCCUACUGUCAUGUGGACCUGGCCAGCCAGACGUGGACCUGCCGGUUGUGCAUGUCUCGAAACCGGCUCAUGAGCUCGGUGGCGGGUCAACUUCCCCCUGCAUGUGAUCCGGCCAACUCGACCGUGGAGUACAACACUGCUCGCACCGCAGCAACUCCUCCGGCGUUCCUGUUUGUGCUCGAUACCAACGCCGAGCCCGAGGAACUCGAAUCGCUCAAAGAUUCGCUGACCCAGGUCAUUGAUCAGCUCCCUGAACACUGCAUUGUGGGUCUCUUGUCGUUCGGAUCGUCGGUGCAGUUCUACCAGCUGGGCUACCCCCACUGUCUCCGGUCGCUCGUGUUCAACGGAGCCAAGAGCUAUGCAGCCAAGGAGAUUGAAGAAGCGUUUGGAUACAAUGGAGGGGUGCCGGGAAACCGGCGCAUGGAGAUCACCAACCAGUUUCUGAUCCCCCAGACAGAGUCUUUCGCCAUUGUCGACGCUCUGCAGCAGAUCAAGGCCAACAAGAUUGGACCCAAGGAGGGAGAUCGAUUUGCCCGAGGCACAGGCACUGCCAUCAACGUGGCUCUGUCGUUUGCGGAAACUGCUCUCAACCAGGGCUUUGUGCGAAUCGGCGUGUUUACUGCUGGCCCAGCUACCAUUGGACCCGGCAAGAUUGUCGACAUGCCUCUCAAGGAGCCCAUUCGAGGCCAUCACGACAUCCAAAACGGCUCAGCUCUGCACCACAAGGCUGCUGCAAAGUACUACGGCGAGCUGGGCACUCGAGCAGCUGCCGGAGGCUUUGCCGUCGACCUGAUUGUGGGUUCCUACGACCAGGUCGGAGUGGCUGAAAUUGGUACUCUGUCCCACCAGACUGGAGGAGUCAUCAUUCUCUCAGACUCCUUCACCACUUCCAUCUGCAAAGAGUCCAUUCGACGUCAUUACUCGUUUGGAGACGAGAACGUUGGCAUGGCCCACGCUGGAGCUCGUGCUGUGGUCGAGGUCAAGACCAGCAGUGAGCUCAAGUGCCAGGGAAUGAUUGGCCAUGGAGUGUCUCUGGCCAAACGGUCCAAGGCGUUUGCUUCGGAGGACAAGUACAUUGGCAUUGGUCAGACGUGCGCCUGGUCUCUGGCAUCCAUCUCUCCCAAGUCAAACUACUGCUUUUACUUUCUGAACACCGCUGAGACCCCCACCCUGCCGCCUUCAAACCAGUCUGUUGCCACGGGCGUGAUUCAGAUCAUCACCCACUAUCUUCACCCCUCUGGAGUGUUCCGGGUUCGAGUGUCGACGCUGGCUCGAAACUUUGGCCCUGCCCAUGGUCUUCUUCCCUAUUUCGAUCAGGAGGCAGCUGCCACAGCCGUUUCACGUGAAACUGCGUUCCGAAUGCAGCAUGGCGAGUCAGCUGACGAUACCAUCCGAUGGCUGGACACGGUUCUGGUCAAGUUCUGCAACAAGUUUGGCGAGUUCCGAAAGGGCGACACACGGUCGUUCAUACUGCCUCCAAACUGCACCAUGCUGCCUCAGUUUCUGUUCCAUUUGCGACGGUCGCAGUUUGUGCAGACCUUCAACAACUCGCCUGAUGAGACCGCGUACUACUGGCACUACCUGCUGGCCGAAAACGUGUACUCUACAAUUGUCAUGAUCAACCCUGCGCUUCUGGCGUUUGAGCUGGACGCACCGGAGGGUAUUCCCGUUCUUCUAGAUUCGAUUUCUGUCACUUCUGAGCGAAUCCUUUUGCUGGACACCUUCUUCCAUGUCAUUAUUUUCCAUGGAGAGACAGUUGCGGCGUGGAGAAACGCCGGGUACCAUGAGCAGGAAGAGUACGGCAACAUUGCCGAGCUGCUGGAUGCGCCCAAGGAGGAAGUGCGGGAGCUGCUCAGUGAUCGGUUCCCUCUGCCUCGAUACAUUAACUGUGACCAGGGCGGUUCUCAGGCGCGAUUUUUGCUUGCUAAGCUGAAUCCUACUACGCAGAGCAUGGACAUGGCUGGAGCUGCUCCGGGCACGGUGGUGUUGACUGAUGACGCGUCGUUGCAGACGUUUAUGGAGAGUUUGUGCAAGUUGGCGAUGAACCUAUAA